UAAGUGAAGUGUCGUAGAGCACAGGAAGGCGCGAGUCCCGAUCGCAGGCCCUGAGCAAACCCAGGCUGUAGGGGCCGCUAUGGCGAAUGUUCCGUGGGCCGAGAUUCGUGAGAAAUUCCAGGCGGCUCUGGCCCUGUCGCGGGUGGAAUUGCAUAAAAACCCCGAGAAGGAGCCGUACAAGUCCAAAUACAGCGCCCGAGUGCUGCUGGAAGAGGUCAGGGCGCUGCUGGGCCCCGCGCCCGAGGAGGAGGAUGAGCGGCCUGAGGCCGAGGAGAGCUCGGGUGCGGGCGACCCCACCCUGGGGCCGCCCGCCGAGGCGGUGGAGGCCGAGGGGCCCGUCGCCCGAGGGGCCGUGAGGCUGGCGGUUAUUGAGUUCCAUCUCGGGGUGAACCACAUCGACACGGAGGAGCUGUCGGCGGGGGAGGAGCAUCUCGUGAAGUGCCUGAAGCUGCUGCGCAAAUACCGGCUGUCGCACGACUGCGUGUCUCUCUACAUCCAGGCGCAGAAUAACCUUGGUAUCUUGUGGUCUGAAAGAGAAGAAAUUGAAACUGCACAAGCUUAUUUAGAAUCUUCAGAAGCACUGUACAAUCAGUAUAUGAAAGAGAUUGGGAGUCCUCCUCUUGAUCCUACUGAGCAUUUUCUUCCUGAAGAAGAAAAACUUACUGAACAAGAGAGAUCAAAAAGAUUUGAGAAGGUUUAUACUCAUAACUUAUAUUACCUGGCUCAAGUUUACCAGCAUAUGGAAAUGUUUGAGAAGGCUGCUCAUUAUUGCCACAGUACCCUAAAACGCCAGCUUGAGCACAAUGCCUACCAUCCUAUAGAGUGGGCUAUUAAUGCUGCAACCUUGUCACAAUUUUAUAUCAAUAAGCUAUGCUUUAUGGAGGCCAGACACUGUUUAUCAGCUGCUAAUGUCAUUUUUGGUCAAACUGGAAAGAUUCAAAAUACAGAAGACACUACUGAAACUGAUGGAGAUGUGCCAGAGCUUUAUCAUCAAAGAAAAGGGGAAAUAGCAAGAUGCUGGAUCAAAUACUGUUUGACUCUCAUGCAGAAUGCUCAACUAUCCAUGCAGGAUAACAUAGGGGAACUUGAUCUUGAUAAACAAUAUGAACUUAGAGCUUUAAGGAAAAAAGAACUGGAAGAGGAAGAACGUGUUAGGAAAAAAGCUGUGCAGUUUGGAACUGGUGAGCUGUGUGAUGCCAUCUCUGCAGUAGAAGAGAAAGUGAGGUAUUUGAGACCUUUAGAUUUUGAAGAAGCCCGGGAACUUUUCUUAUUGGGUCAGCACUAUGUCUUUGAGGCAAAGGAGUUCUUUCAAAUUGAUGGUUAUGUCACUGACCACAUUGAAGUUGUCCAAGAUCAUAGUGCUCUGUUUAAGGUGCUUGCAUUCUUUGAAACUGACAUGGAAAGACGGUGCAAAAUGCAUAAACGUCGAAUAGCCAUGCUAGAACCCCUAAUUGUGGACCUGAAUCCGCAGUAUUACCUGUUGGUCAACAGACAGAUUCAGUUUGAAAUUGCACAUGCAUACUAUGAUAUGAUGGAUUUGAAGGUCGCUAUUGCUGACAAGCUGAGGGAUCCUGAUUCACACAUUGUGAAAAAAAUAAAUAAUCUUAAUAAGUCAGCAUUGAAGUACUACCAGCUCUUCUUAGACUCCCUGAGGGAUCCAAAUAAAGUAUUUCCCGAGCAUAUAGGGGAAGAUGUUCUUCGCCCUGCCAUGUUAGCUAAGUUUCGAGUUGCCCGUCUCUAUGGCAAAAUCAUCACUGCUGACCCCAAGAAAGAGUUAGAAAACUUGGCAACAUCAUUAGAACAUUACAAAUUUAUUGUUGAUUACUGUGAAAAGCACCCUGAGGCUGCUCAGGAAAUAGAAGUUGAGCUGGAACUUAGUAAAGAGAUGGUGAGUCUUCUUCCAACAAAAAUGGAGAGAUUCAGAACCAAGAUGGCCCUGAGCUAAUCCUUUUUUCUAUUGGAUGAAAAUGUGCAAUACUGAAGACAUUUUUUCCCCUUAGUCACACAGGUCCAAUUCCAUUGUGAUAUUACCUUUAUAGCUAGAUUGUGGUCUGCACUUGAGAUAGGCCAGUUGAGUCUUUGCUAGGACCUUACUUAACAUAAAUAAAUUAAUAAUUUACACCUAAUUAUGUAAAUUGCCUUGUUGAAGUGACAUGUGAUUGGUAUUUUAGAUUGCUUGUUUCCUAUUUAAAUAUAAACCUUUCCUCCCUCCAUUUCUAACUGUGGGCUAGUACUUGAUGGAUUCCAUAAGAGGGAAAAUACUGGGUACUAUCCCUGGUAGAUAAGCCUAUUACUGUAUUAAAAUUUAAAACAUAACUUCCUAUAAUUAUCCUUCCCAAAAUAUUUACCUUCCUAAAUUUCCAAAGAAAUCUUUCCUUUUUGAAAAUAACUUAAAAAACUAAGUUAUGUUGUUGUAAAGUGGUUUGUCUUAAUUAUAGGGGAGGGAAUAAACCUUGUUGGAAAUAUAAUAAAUUGACUUGUUUCACUAAU